GCCCCCGGCCGGAACCGCGGCGCUGCAUAACGGCGCAGUGACGGGGCAGCCCGGCUGGCUGCCGGCUGUCGCGCAUGCGCAGAGGCGGUGUCGCCUUUUCCGUUCCGCCUGUCACCGCACCGUUGGUGCCGCCGCACCCGAGACCGGUGGUGGCGGGACCGGUACGGGGGCCGCUCUUACCCGUUCCCUUCCGCUUCUCGGUACCUGGCGGGGCGGGGUGUCUGUCAGGGCUCCCGGUGCCGCCCGGCGGCCGUGCCCGCGCCCCCAUGGAGGAGCCGCUGGCCCUGCAUCCCGUGAAGCUCUAUGUGUACGACCUGUCCAAGGGCAUGGCCCGGCGCCUCAGCCCCCUCAUGCUGGGGAAACAGCUGGAUGGCAUAUGGCACACCUCCAUAAUAGUCCAUAAGGAUGAGUUCUUCUAUGGCAGUGGAGGAAUCUCCAGCUGUGCACCUGGAGGGACACUUCUUGGACCUCCAGACACAGUUGUUGACCUGGGGAACACUGAAGUCACAGAAGAAAUUUUUCUGGAGUAUCUUUCCUCAUUGGGGGAAUCUAUGUUCCGAGGAGAAUCUUACAACCUCUUUGAACAUAACUGCAACACCUUCAGUAAUGAAGUGGCACAGUUCCUGACAGGAAAAAAAAUCCCUUCCUACAUCACUGACCUUCCAGCUGAAGUUCUUGCCACACCUUUUGGACAAGCUUUAAGGCCCCUCCUGGACUCCAUCCAGAUCCAGCCACCUGGAGGAAAUACCUUCAGCAGACAUAACGGACAGAGCUAACAGGAGUGACCCAGUGUGCCCAGCCUCACCAGGCCUCUUCCUUUUUAAACAUCAGUAUACCAGAUUUCUAUUUUAUAAUUUCUCAUCUGAAUUAACUCUACCGAAGUUACAAGACAAGUUUUACAGUUUCCUAGGGAGAGGAUUUAUCAGGGUGCAUGUAAGCCAAUGCUACCAAAAAGAUUGCCAUAAUUUCUAAUAAUACUGUACUAAUUUAUAAAGGCUGUCUUGUUCAAGUAGGAUGACACUUUCUAAGUAACUCCUGUGAUGGUAAGUGGGAAUUCAUUCCAUGAGCAUUCAAGAGCCCAUUACACAAUUUAGAGUAAACAAGGGAUGUCGUGGCUGUCCCUUGCAGGCUUGCAUCUUUCUGCUGUCCUUACCUAUAUUGUGGGGGUAUUUGCUGAAUUCUGUAGCAAAAAGGCAAAGGAACUGUUGGUAGCCUAGGAAGUAAAGGUAUCCCAGGAUUAGUCUUCUGCAUGUUUCAUUGAUAUUGUGUUGUUUGCUCGAGGGAAAAGCUGAACUCAUCUGAUUUGAAUGUUUGCAGUGGCACAGCUAUGCGGGAAAGGUGAUCAAGCUGAACUGUGUUGUCUGUGUCAUGCUCAAGUUGAAACCUUCAGUGGGGGGAGCUGUGUGGGGAAGGGAGUUAUUAAGAGCCUUGUAACGCUAGAUCCAAGAGUUAUGGGAUGGAACCAGUUGACAGAAUAUUGUGAUUUCAGGAGAAAGUAAAAUGAAGUGAAAGGUUUCCUUUUCUGAUAGGUAGGAUUACUGGCAGAUAGUUAACCUUGUGAACUAUUUACCUUUGCAUAAGAGCUGUUCUGCUUGGCUUUGAGUUUGCUUUUUCUUACCAAACCAGAGUUACAGUACAGCAAGGCAGGAGCAGCAAGACAACUGCAUAAUAAUAUAAGGUGGACCAAUUCUGCCUUCAGUACCUGGUUGCAGACACAAUAGGAAUUCAGUUUUCCUUGUUAUUGCUGUCUUUCCGAAGCAGUCAAACGCAUAACUGAGAGGGCUCUGCUUGAGUGUAAGAGAAAUUAGGUGGUAGGUCUCCCCAAAUGUAAAGAAAACGAGGAAGAGUAAAAUCAAGCUCUUCUAUGAAACAAUUGAGUUCAUUGGGAUACAUGCAGAAGCAGUCCUGUCCUUAGAUUGGCAUUAGAUUGUACCAAUACUGUUUCUUCUAGUUUAAGAUUCUUACAGCUUUGCAACUAUUUGCAGUGGAAAAUGAUUGGGGGAAUGAAAGAAUAGGCACACUGAUUUCUUUUCAUGCAUGUAUAUACACUGUUUUCAUGAGCAGUUUUAUAGCAGUUGCAUUUAGGAAGGAACAGAAGAAAGACAUGAGACAAACCCUGAAACAUUGCUGAUGCUCCAGAAAUGGAGAUUGCACAUCUCAGAUGCCACUGAAAAAGCAUCUAUGCAAAUGUAUAGCUCUUUGUCCAGUGCUUUGUUGUGAGAAGUAUUGCUGCAGGUUCAGUCCUGGAUCUCAGAUUUGCUGCACUGGAAGCUUCCUGCAUACCUGAAGGAGAUGUCUUUCCUCUGCUGGGCUCUUUUCUCCCAGAAUAAUACAGUAUAAGUUUCUCACACUGUUACUCAGUUGGACUAUAAUGGUUCAUACUUUUGAGGGGAUGGAAUGGAGGAAAACUGCAGUUUUAGUCACUCUGACAAAUACUUCUUGCCCUGCACCUUGUGCAGUUGAUACACAAGUGGGAGUGAGGUAUUGUCAGUCCGUUCUGCAGUUUUGGGUGUACCUGCUCUGGGUGCACCGCAGUGGCCCCUGCAGCCACAAAGUGCUGUAGCUUGUUAAAAGUCUAGGAACUUCCUCAGUUGAAUAGGUAUACUCUGCCUGAUACAGUCCAGCCCAUCUAGGCAUGUAGUGCGGUACCUGCAAGCAGCAUAGCUGUGGUUGCUUGUCUUUCAGCAAGCUAUCACUUCAGGUGCAGCUGCCUUCAGUGGAAGCACUGGUGCCACAGUUUCUGCUCCACACUCUUACGCAAUAAGGAUAUCCCCUGUAUGCUCACCGCUGAAGAGGUCCUGAGCCUGGUUUCUGUUUUGGCUGCCUACUUGAGGACUUCUUACAUCCCUUUGGAAGGCAGGAAAGAACAGUUCACCCCGUGCAUUUUGCCAUCUGCCUUUUCCCUUCCUGAGCAGUCCCUUUGCAGAAGAGAUGUUGCUGCUACGUUGAGGUCACUGGGUAAAAUUUCCCUUGGCCAUGCACUGUUUGCAAUAGCCAAGGAGCUCUUAGAGGGUCCCCUGCGCUGGGGACCUGCUCUGUGUUUCAUGGCAAGAGAACUGUAGGAGGGAAUCCUGUUUGCUUGGUCUUACUGGGUGAUGAGACCCUUGUACCUUGUAGGCCUCUUUGGAAACCUGUUUUCCUCAAAGAUGGUUAUGUGCAAAUUGCAGGACUGUGGCCCCACUGUUCCAUCCAUAGAUAUACAAACUAGACUGAGAGGUGUAUGUAAGUGUAUAUAGGUGACAAACUUCUGCCAGCUGAUUGACAGAGGGUUGGGGAAACUGAGCUCCUGAAAGGGAACAGAGCCUUUUUUCCCGCCCCACACACUUACUCUUCUGUCUUGUAUUGUUGGGGUUCCCCUGUGCCAUUUAAAAAUGUUAAUAACGUCUUUAGACAGGAAGUGAUGUUUUGAUUUAUUUGUGGUUUUUUUCUAUUACAAUAAAAAUAAAUACAGCA